AUGUCGGCCGAGUGGAUGCCGGGCGAGCCUCGUCCCCCGUACCUCGACGGCUCGGCUCCCGGAGAUUUUGGAUUCGACCCACUUCGUCUAGGAGAAGUCCCGGAAAAUCUUGAGAGAUAUAAGGAGUCUGAGCUCAUUCACUGCAGAUGGGCUAUGCUUGCUGUUCCUGGAAUCUUAGUCCCAGAGGCAUUGGGCCUGGGAAACUGGGUCAAGGCGCAAGAGUGGGCCGCAGUUCCAGGUGGACAAGCGACUUAUUUGGGCAACCCGGUUCCAUGGGGGACCCUACCCACAAUUUUGGUGAUUGAAUUCUUAGCAAUUGCCUUUGUUGAGCACCAAAGGAGCAUGGAGAAAGACCCGGAAAGAAAGAAGUAUCCGGGCGGGGCUUUCGACCCGUUGGGAUACUCCAAGGACCCACAAAAGCUGAAGGAGCUCAAAAUCAAGGAGAUUAAGAAUGGUCGUCUUGCGUUGUUGGCAUUCGUGGGAUUUUGCGUGCAACAGUCGGCAUACCCCGGGACAGGGCCUCUGGAGAACUUGGCAACUCACUUGGCUGACCCAUGGCACAACAACAUUGGCGAUCAAUGUAGCAAAUCCUCGAAUCGAUUUACCCUUGCGGCCUUCUUCUUCGUGAGCCCUUUCUCCGGCCGGGGCUAUGUGCCCCGCGACUCCGAGCGGCCUCUAGACUGCGAGGAUAGUCCGACGAGGACUCGGCUCCUGCUGUGA